AUGGCGAUCGCCAUUUCGCAAGCGGUUUUGCAGCAUCGCGCUUCAAUACAAUUCGCCAUACCCGGUACUGAUACCGCACUCAAAUUCAAGAAUUACAGGGUAACCGGCAACAUGAUCAGCGGGGCGGCGCAACAGCAUAAGAAACGCCUAGUUCCAUUACGAAAAACGGAUGCAAUGAGUCAUGCAGAACGACGAAAUUUUCUGAUUCUCGACGACGUUUGGAGAUCUGGAGGCAGCGAAUGUUUUCAGAUAAUUCCACCAGGAGCUAUUGGUCCGGAUGGGGAACCGAUGUUCCUACGAUUAAACAUCGGUGGAACACGGUAUAUGCUGCUCGUGGAUGCUCUUCUACGAGCUGAACCUUCUGGCUUUCUCUCAAAAUUCGUACAGCUAACACAUUCAGCACGUCUAAAGGUGGCUGACGCAUACAUCGCCGCCGAGGACUCAUAUUUUUUCCAACGAUCACCAGUAGCUUUCGAAGCGAUAUUCCAAUAUUACGCGACCGGAGUUGUGCAUAGGCCGUCGGAGGUGUGUCCGGCAUCAUUUCUUUCGGAACUUGACUUUUGGCGCAUCUCCCAUCAACAUGUGGGAUCUUGUUGUGCCGAUAUCGUACCGCAGAAAAGAGAAGAAGAAAAAGAGGAAGAGAAGGUUGACGACACGACAUUCGAUAAUUUGAUGUUCGGCAAAGUGCGACGACGAAUGUGGACGUUUCUUGAGCGGCCUGGCUCAUCGAUGCAAGCUAAGGCCUUCGAGCUCUCUUCAACGCUCUUUGUCGCCAUUUCCGUUAUGGGUCUUAGCUUCGGCACCAUUCCCGAUUUUCAGGUGACGCACUACAUGCCUCCACAGAACGAGACAAUCGUGCUUCCUAAUGGUACGGUAACAGUGGUAGAAAAAGUCGAAGAGAUGCGAGUCGAACAUCCGGCAUUUGUAUUCACUGAACGCAUAUGUAUAGCCUUUUUCACCGUCGAAUACUGCUUGCGACUAUUUGCGGCUCCAAGGAAAUUGCGUUUCGCCCUCAAACCACUGAACCUCGUCGAUCUACUUGCGAUCGUGCCAUUCUACCUCGAAUUGCUGCUCACAUUAUGUGGAGUAGACGACAAAAAAUUGCGAGAUUUACGAUGGGCAUUCCUUGUCGUACGAAUUUUGCGAGUACUACGAGUGAUCCGGAUCAUAAAACUCGGUCGCUUUUCGUCAGGUCUGCAGACAUUCGGCAUGACAUUGCAACGGUCACAGAAGCAACUGCAGAUGAUGACGAUCGUUUUGUUGACGGGGGUUGUCUUCUUUUCAACGAUGAUUUAUUUUCUGGAAAAAGACGAAGAUGGCACACCGUUUACAAGCAUACCAGCUGCGUAUUGGUGGUGUAUCGUGACAAUGACUACAGUCGGCUACGGUGACGCCGUUCCUGCCACCACAAUGGGAAAAAUCAUCGCAUCGGCAGCGAUCAUGUGCGGAGUACUAGUGUUGGCGUUACCAAUCACUAUAAUCGUAGACAACUUCAUCAAAGUCGCACAGGAUGAGCAGCAAGCCGAACAAACGAAGCUGGACAGCAGCAGGCAAGAACUAGCUCUUCAAGCCAUGUUGCACGGUGAUGAAGACUAA